GAAGCUAAGCUUAGACAGCUAACGUUUGCUCACUGUUUUCAUUGAUAGUGUCAAACUAGCUAGCUACCCCACCACUUUCUGGUGGUAGCUGAGGUUAACUCAGUUAUGGAAUUCUGUCAAUGUAUACAAUGUUAAGUGAUGCCAGGCUUGAUGAGCUGUCUUCAUCAAUGAAUCAAUCACGAGCUAUUAUUUUGUGUUGCGAGUUGGAUCCACACAGUCGAUUUUUCGGGUAGCUAGCUAGCCAGCUACCCGGCUAACAUUUAAUGAAGGUGGCUGGCUACUUGCAGCAAUUGAUUUUGGGUGGACUAGCGGGCUACCUGAGGACGAGAAAAUAAAGCUGUAACAAGACCCACUCUUCUCUUCACCGAUACCUCUGUUUAUUUGCUGUCUUUUCAUCUUAACUUGUGCAUUAUGGGAAACGCCGCAACCGCCAAAAGAGGCAACGAACUAGAAAGUGAACUGUUUGUGAAAGAGUUCUUAGCCAAAGCCAAAGAAGACUUUUUAAAGAAAUGGGAAUGUCCACCCCAGAGCACAACGCGACUCGAUGACUUUGACAGACUGAAAACUCUUGGCACAGGCUCCUUCGGACGCGUUAUGCUGGUGAAGCAUCGCGCUACAGACAAGUACUAUGCAAUGAAGAUUCUGGACAAACAGAAAGUGGUGAAGUUGAAGCAGAUAGAGCACACCUUAAAUGAAAAGAAAAUAUUGCAAGCAGUGUCCUUCCCAUUUCUUGUAAGACUGGAGUAUUCCUUCAAGGACAACUCCAAUUUGUACAUGGUGAUGGAGUAUGUUCCAGGUGGGGAAAUGUUCUCACACUUGAGGCGAAUUGGAAGGUUCAGUGAACACCAUGCCAGGUUUUAUGCAGCACAGAUAGUCCUUACGUUUGAGUACCUCCACUCGUUAGACCUCAUCUAUAGAGACCUGAAACCUGAAAACCUUCUCAUCGACCAACAAGGAUACAUUCAGGUCACAGACUUUGGUUUUGCCAAAAGAGUAAAAGGUAGAACCUGGACCUUGUGUGGGACUCCAGAGUAUCUGGCCCCAGAAAUCAUCCUUAGCAAGGGCUACAAUAAAGCUGUGGAUUGGUGGGCAUUGGGUGUUCUGAUCUAUGAAAUGGCAGCAGGAUACCCACCCUUCUUUGCUGACCAGCCCAUUCAGAUCUAUGAGAAAAUUGUGUCCGGCAAGGUACGAUUCCCAUCCCACUUUAGUUCAGACCUGAAGGACCUGCUUCGGAACCUGCUUCAGGUGGACCUGACAAAGCGCUUUGGAAACCUGAAGAACGGAGUCAACGACAUCAAAAACCACAAGUGGUUUUCAACAACUGAUUGGAUUGCCAUCUAUGAGAGGAAGGUGGAGGCCCCCAUUAUACCAAAGUGCCGAGGACCAGGGGACACCAGCAACUUUGACGACUAUGAGGAGGAGGACAUUCGUAUCUCAGAUACUGAAAAAUGUGCUAAGGAAUUCCUUGAAUUUUAAAAUUUAAGAAUGAGCAGGACUCCAUUGGAAUUUGAGGUAUUUUGAUUUUGUUUAAUUUUGUUUUUAUGUUAGUUUAAUUUUAUUUUAUGUCAAGAUCAAGUUGAGACCAUCAUAUAUAUGUUCAGACAUAUGCCUACUUCCUUCAUUCCAUAAGGCUGAAUGAGAUCUUCAAUGCAAAGAUCUUUGUGUGGAUUUUGCACAGCCUAAUACCCAGGCAUAUUACGGAGAAGCUAACCUGGCUGCAACAGAAAUCUGUCUUUUUAUUGCUUUUUCAUAGUCAUACCCAGUGGUAUUAUUAACCCCUUGAGAGAAAAAUAAGUAAUUGAAAUAGACACUGCAUCUAUGAACCACUCGAAUGAAAUGAUGCACAUGUGGCUUUCUGUUUUUGAAAUAACUUCACUUACAGCAUGGUGGUGCACAUGUUUUAAUGGGAAAUUGUAGUACAGAUUGUUUGUUUUCCAGCAUCAGUUGCCUGUUACAUAGUAGUAUUUUUUUUUAUUAUUAUUUUUUUUUUUUAUAUAUAUAUUUUAUUAUUUUUGUUUGCACUUGUUACAGGACCAUCUGUCACAUUACCUUUAUUAUCAUUUUGCACUUUAUGUUUGUGUGUAUGUGUAUAGGUGUGUCUGUUGUAGGGGUGUAGUUUAUUAGAAGUUCCACAGUUCUAUAGUAUUACAGUACUUGAGCCAUUCUACUGGGCAUUUAAAAGAUGGGAUUUAUCAUGAUAUAUUAACUUAUUCAAUCAAAAUACUCUCCCAGUUUUUAAGCUAAUGAGAUUCACUCUGUUUAUCAUUCUGACAUUCUAUUACUACUAUCAGCAGGUUCACAUUUCAACAUACAUUUAAAACAGUCAAAAUGAACUAGAAAAGACUGAUACUGAGCAUCUGUAUAAUAUAACAAAAAGCAUUUGCGAUAAUGUAUUGUAUUAUUUUUCUCCAUUAUCCCAAAGGUCUGUGUUUUAUGUCUGUGGUGUGGAGUGUAGAUUAUGACCAAAAGUGAAAAAUAAUACACUUGAAUGAAGGAGUUUUCAGUCACACGCAGCUAAUUUCAUACCCUUUUCCUGACGUAUUCUACUUCUUAAGCACUGUACAGAACCCCCACACCCCCCUCCCCUCUCCCCUCACAGACCAGAAUCAUAUCAGUGAGAUAAUCCCUCAUGUGCACAUGUGCUUCUCCUGUCAUCCACAGGGUGGGAGUUUUCAGAGCAGACGUUCUCAUUAGCUAUGAUAAGAUAUCGUGGCGCAAAAAUUGACUUUUAUUUUGACAGGAAUGUCAAAUGUCAUUAAAAGUCUCUUAGUUUCCUCCAAAGAUGUUUUGGGGCUUGUUAUAUAUGUAUACAAUAUGUGGUAGAGCAGAUAUGCUAAGGCACACACACACUCCCGUCCUGGUCUUCUUCCAACUGCAACAUUAUGUACUUAAAGAAAUUUGAGGGCAAGUGACCUUGCAUAGCUGAGUUUUCAUUUUGAUUUUAGUCUGUUAAUGUUGAAUCAUUUCAGUUUUUAAAUGUUUCGAUAUCUAAUAAAUGUACAUUUUUGCAGUCAUGGUGUAUUUAAUUUCACCAUCAAGCUGUUUACUUGCAGCACUGUAAGUAAGCAAAGUAUGUUGUCAGUAAUCAUCAGAAAAAUGUGAGAUUUUUUUUUAUUCAUUUCAAAUGCCUAAUUUCAGUUCUGACUUUUUUUGACUGACCUCUGUAAUUAAGUAAUGCCACCUGGUAACCUAGCGCUGUCCCGAAAAAAAAACUAUACCCACAUUACCCUCUUCACCGCUUUGUUUUUUCUCUUACAAAAUGGCUUCUGUUAGAAAACGAUCAGUUUCCUUUUGUAUAAACUUGAACUGAAAUCUGAAUCUGGGGCUGGAUUCUCAAAGUACUUGUGGAAAUUGUAAGCCCUCCAGUUCCUGCUACAGGGGGGACUCCAGUGUUUUCCAAUAUUUUGGGUGCAUCUUGAGAUGUCAUUGGUACUGUCUGUGGUCAUAAAAAGUGGGUUUAUGUGUCAGCUGGCAUGUUAUUGUGACAAAAUAGGCCUUGUCCAUAUACUGCUGAAUAGUUGCUGCAGGAGUCUUAAAUGCUCUAACUAUCAAACAAAAAAUGGAUGACAAUUCAAGAUGAACAUUAGUACAGUGUAUUCCAUAUAGUUUUGUGAGUAGCUGAUUUGUGUUUUUGGAAUAAAUCAUGUAAUUACAGGGAAUCUGAGACUAACGUUUGUGGAUUGUUACCAUGACUUGUCAUCUGUCACAUACUGUAAACCCACAUAACCUUUAUUUCUCAUAGGCCUACAUGGUUCCUCCGUAUGUGCAUUUUCCCAAUAAAAACACAGAUGUCAAAACCA